AUGGGAACCCAAAAAAAGGAAAAACAAAGAAGAGUCCGGGAGGGCGACACCCGUGACGGGAACCUUCGUGUCAAGGGCGAGAACUUCUACAAAGAUGCCAAAAAAGUCAGACAUUUGCUGAUGUACAAGACCGGUAGAGCCGUCAGAAACGCCAAGGGUGAAAUCAUCCAAGCUGCUGCCCUUCAGUCCACCGAUGUCCCCAAUGCCCGUGUGGAUCCUAACCGUAAGUGGUUUGGAAACACCAGAGUCAUUGCCCAGGAUGCCUUGACCCACUUCAGAGAGGCCAUGGGCGACAAGAAGCACGAUACGUAUUCUGUGCUUUUGAAGAGAAACAAGUUGCCCAUGUCGCUCUUGGACGAAAAGGACCAGACGGAUUCUCCUACGGCCAAGAUCCUCGAGACCGAGUCGUACGAGCACGCUUUUGGUCCUAAGCAGCAGAGAAAGAAACCUAGAUUACAGGCGGCUUCUUCUUUGGAGGAGUUGGCUCAGCUUUCUGAAAACGACACCAAGGCCUACCAGGAUAAGCAGGAGCUCAACGCCACCUUGGGUCUUAUGGGUGGCUCUUUUUUGGACUCUGAGGACUUCACUCAGACUGCCAAGGAGGCCAUUUUCCAUAAGGGCCAGUCCAAGCGUAUUUGGAACGAACUUUACAAAGUCAUCGACUCUUCCGAUGUCGUCAUCCACGUCCUUGAUGCGAGAAACCCCUUGGGCACUCGUUGUGAGAGCGUGGAGAAGUACAUUCGUGAGGAGUGUUCUCACAAACACUUGAUCUAUGUGUUGAACAAGUGUGACCUCGUGCCCACAUGGGUAGCGGUAUGUAUACUUACUAUUUCAUCGUGGUUGCAAGCCAUCUUUUUAUCCCAAAGACCUUUGUCAGGGUGA